CGAAGCGAGCGCAGCGCCGGCACUUGGCUCCCGCCGCCGGAGAGGACGCGCCGUGCUUGCGUUCGCCCUGCCCUGGCCCGCGGUGGCCGCGAUGGAGCCUCUGUUCCCGGCCCCCACGCUAGCCAGCUGGAACACCUCCUCUGCGGCCGCCAGCACAGGCAGUGAGAACGGGACGCUGGCGGGGCUGGCGCCCUCGCCGGGCGCCCGAGCGGUGGUGGUGCCCGUGCUGUACCUGCUGGUGUGUGCGGUGGGGCUGGGCGGCAACGCCCUGGUCAUCUAUGUGGUGCUGCGCCACGCCAAGAUGAAGACGGUCACCAACAUCUACAUCCUCAACCUGGCUGUGGCCGACGUGCUGCUCAUGCUGGGGCUGCCCUUCCUGGCCACGCAGAACGCCAUCUCCUACUGGCCCUUCGGCCCUGUCCUGUGCCGCCUGGUCAUGACGCUGGACGGCAUCAACCAGUUCACCAGCAUCUUCUGCCUGACCGUCAUGAGUGUGGACCGCUACCUGGCCGUGGUGCACCCCAUCCGCUCCACCCACUGGCGCCGCCCCAGGGUGGCCAAGCUGGCCAGCGCCGCGGUCUGGGCCUUCUCACUGCUCAUGUCCCUGCCGCUGGUGGUCUUCGCAGACAUCCAGGAGGGCUGGAACACCUGCAACCUCAGCUGGCCGGAGCCCGUGGGCCUGUGGGGCGCCGUGUUCAUCAUCUACACGUCUGUGCUGGGCUUCUUUGGGCCGCUGCUGGUCAUCUGCCUGUGCUACCUGCUCAUCGUGGUCAAGGUGAAGGCAUCGGGCGUGCGGGUGGGCGCCACGCGGCGGCGCUCGGAGCGCAAGGUGACCCGCAUGGUGGUGGUGGUGGUGGUGGUGUUCGUGGGCUGCUGGCUGCCCUUCUUCAUCGUCAACAUCGUCAAUCUGGCCUUUGUCUUGCCUGAGGAGCCGGCCUCCGCUGGUGCCUACUUCUUCGUGGUCAUCUUGUCCUACGCCAACAGCUGUGCCAACCCCGUGCUCUAUGGCUUCCUCUCCGACAACUUCCGCCAGAGCUUCCGGAAGGUUCUGUGCCUCCGCAAGGGCUACGGUGCCGAGGACGCAGAUGCCACGGAGCCACAGCCCGACAAGACCAGCCAGCCACAGGAGGCCACGCUGCCCAUGCGCGGCCCCGAGGCCAACGGGCUCAUGCAGACCAGCCGGCUGUGAGGGCUGCGGGCGGGGGGCUUCUGGUGGCGUCUGGAUUCCCUGCCGGGCGGAGCCUCCCCCAACAUUCCAGUGCCUGCUGAGGUGCCCCCUGCAAUGGCCGGGAUGCUCCGCACGGUGUGAGGACCGGCGGUCCUGGGCAAGGCCGUGGGUGGUCCUGCAGGGAGGCUCAGGGAUGCGAGGGCGUGGGCGGGAGAGGCUGGAUGCGAGGGGCAUCUCGACCUUCUUAUCCUGCCCCUGGCCUGUGCCAGCCUGCCCAGGGGCAGUGACCACCGGUAUGAGCUGGGGACCGCUUGCCUCUGCCCUCCGGCCCCCUGUGCCUCCUCACAUCAACCCUGGGUCACCUGGCCGAGUCGAGUGUGAGUCUGUGAAAUUAAAGACACUUGGACGCACUGGGCUCCCCAGCACCUGCAACUGUUGACUCUGGGGGGUGGCAGAUAAAGGGCGCACAGCGGUGCACAGCCCGCAGGGCAGUGAGGGUGGGCUGGGACCCCAGAGGGGACGUCUGGGACUGCGGAGCUCUGUUGCCGUGGAAACCCCCCCCCCCGCAGCCUGCUGCCCACAGUCAUGGUUGGUUCCAUGGUGGGAGGGGGUUGGGGGAGCAGCUCGCAAGGUGGCUGAAUUGGGGGUGCAGAGUCGGCCCUGCAGGCUCCUGGGUCUCUAGGGCGUCGGAGAGGCCGUCCCAGGGAGGGGCGGGCACCCACAGCCAUCUCUCUGCUUUGUCAGGGGCUCUGGCCUGAGAGGGCGGGGGACAAGAGCAGACGAAGAGACCUGUCGUGAUAACAGGGGGGAGCGGCUCCCAACGCAAGCAGCAGUCACUCGGAGGGAGCACUGUGUGGGUGCAAAUGCCAGCAAAUGCCAGCAAAUGCCAGGCCCCUGAGGAAUUCUGCGAUGCCCAGACCAGAGCGGCCUCGGCCACACCCAGGAGCACCACCCCUCGCACCGCCCCUGGCCCUUGACUUGCUGGGGUCCCAUGUGCCUUGGGCCUCUGUCCAAGGCUGGAAGGAGAAGGACCAGAAUGUGGGGGCUCACUCGGCCUACAUGCCCCCCCACCCCACCCCCGUCUAGACAGCCAUGCCUGGUGCCACCCCGGCUCACGCUCCCUGGGUCUGCCUGGAGCAGGACCUCCAACCUGCAGCAGGGGACAGGGAGCAGGUGCAUGCCAGGCAGGGGAAAGGCCUGGUCAGCACGACCUGGGCUGCACAGACCCUGGACAGAGGCCAAGGCCUGGAAACACGAGAGCGUAACGAGAGCGCUUGUGUUUGACAACCCGA